AUGUCGAACCCGGAUCUCGACCGUCACUCCCUCCUCGGAGGCCGUACGGUUCAGUUCAAUGUCUCAACUUCGACACCCUAUUACUCCGAUGCCCCAUCUUCUGCUCCUGGGCCCCUAGAGACCAGGCUCCCAGGCCAUGAAAACUCGGUGCCGCACUACCACGAAGCUUGGCACCGCGAGCUCUUCGAUGUUGGCAUUUUCAAGGACACUAUCUUGCCCAGUCUCACGCUGCACGCCCCUCUGGCCUUGGUGGCAUACGGCAUUGGCCGAGCUACCGAUAGCGUCGAGGCCAAAGACUGGCUUUGGCCCACCGCGCCUAUAGCCAAUGCCUGGUGGUCGGCUGUGGGCCGCAAGGUCAGGCGAGGCCUCACCUUCGGACAGGCUAUGAGCCUGCUCUCGCGUCCCGAGCGCCUACUUCUCACCGGAGUGACCCUAUGGGGCGGGCGCUUGCUCUACCGCAGGUCCACCCGUUCUCUUGCUCGUCGCAAGGCGGGCAAGGGAACCGACGACCCACGUUAUGAGGAGCUCAAGCAGGACCCCAACUUCUGGAACACAGCUCUCUUCACCGUCUUCAUUCCAGAGGCCUUGUUGCAGACUGUCAUCACCCUUCCGUUCACAGCGCCGUUCCAUCACCAGGGCAAGGUGAUCUCAGGAUACCACCCGCUCAUCCAGGGGAUUGCCGUCGGAAUUUUCAGCGCCGGUCUUGCGCUGGAGAUUAUUGCCGAUUCCCAGCUGACGACUUACAAGGAGACGGUCCAGGAUGAGAAGGCAAUCUGCAAGGAAGGAGUAUGGUCUCUUGUCCGCCACCCCAAUUAUCUCGGAGAUGCUCUUGUCCAUUUCUCCUUCCCGCUGUUGCUGUAUGGGUCUGAUCUCCUGGCCCCUAUCGAGAUCCUAGGCAGCAUUGCCAACUACAUCUUCCUUCGCUACAUCAGCGGGGCUAAGAAGACCGAGGCUCACCAAGAGCGACGAUAUUCGCAGUCGAGUCUCGAGAAGCACGCCGACUUCCAGAAGUUCAAGGCGAGCCACAACUCAAUCUGGCCGAGGUCAGAUAUGUUGACAAACAAGUGGCUUUGGACGGUCAUUGGUAUUGGUGCCGCCGGUGCGGCCGUUGAGCAGGUUAUCAACCAACUGAUCUAA